UUCCCCAUAAUACCUCGUACACAUAUAUUACUCUCCAGAGGAUGAAGACAAAGCAAAUUUUGUGGUAAUUUUACUGAGUGCUACUAGAAUUUUAUACACUCUAUAUUUUUGAACGAAUUUAUAGCACACAAAAUUGUUUGUUUCUACUCAAUCUGGGACGAUUGAGUGACCUUCAGUAGCUGUAGAAAUCGCGCACAAGUCAGUCCAAUUUCAGUCGUUCAGACCAUGCCAAGCGAGUCAGAGCACGAAGAGCAGGAGUUAUUCUUCGAACCAGUGGUUACUCUCCCACCCGUAACCAUUUCUAAUUCUGAAGAAAAUGAAGACUGUCUAUUUCAACAGUAUAUCAGACAAAAGCAUCUCUAACAUUUUUAGGAGGGCGCAGCUAUUUCGCUUUGAUACCGUUGAAGAUCCACCAGAGUGGAAAGAACGUGGGGUUGGAAUUCUGAAAAUUCUUCGUCACAAGACUAGCGGGUGCUAUCGCCUCCUAAUGCGUCGUGAUCGUACUUUCAAGGUGUGUGCUAAUCACUUUAUAUUAGAUAGUAUGCAACUGCGCCCAAAUUGUGGUAGUACCAAGGCUUUUGUUUGGAGCACACUGGCUGACUAUGCAGAUGAGGUUGUGAAACCCGAGUCAUUGGGAAUUAGGUUUGCUAAUGAAAAAUUUGCAGAAGAGUUCCAAAAAUUGUUCGAAGAAGGUCGUCAAGCGUCCGUAGGAAAAUGUACAGACAAAAAACCCUCUAGAGACUCUCACGGUGGAGAUACUGGCUCAUUGAAAGAAGAUGAAAGUGCUGAUAUACACAAACUGUCUAAUACUGUGAAAGAAUGUUUGAAGAUAAACACAGGUGAUUCAACAAAAAAUGAAGCGUGACAUCAAUUGUGUAUUGUAACAAUGAUACCUUUUUAAAAAUAUCAGAUCUAUUUUGUUAAUAUUUUAAUAUUUAUCAAAAGCUUUAUUUUAAAGAAAUGCAUUUUCGAUUAAUUCUCAAAAGCUAUCGACUUGCAUGAAGACGCAUAGUUAGUUUGCUAUAACCACAGAAAGUAGGGUUUUCAG